AGGCCUUUGUAUUGUGCGUCUGCAGGUUCGGUGUCUCGUGCCAUUGCGCGUCCACCUGUCGCCAGGUAACGUGACCUAAGCAGCUGUAGUGGAUUACAGGAAACUCUGGUCCAUCCUGAAUGAUAAGGAAGCACCGGCUCCCUCUUAAACGGAUCCGGAGGAGCCGUGCCGUACUGUGCCGUGCCGUGCGUGCAGAGGACACCGUGGGUCUGGACGCGCGCAUCCACUUGUUGAGUUCACGGCAGUUCAGCUGCGUCUAUUUAAAGAGGCCGGACAUGGCGCACGGCCUGGUGCGGAGGGAGUCUGUGGACACGGAGAUGCACACGGCCCACGACACGCGCAAAACAUACGUGUACACCAAGAAGAGGGGCUACGAUGUGACCCGGAACCCACACUUAAACAAGGCGAUGGCGUUCUCCCUGGAGGAGCGCCUCCAGCUCGGGGUCCACGGGCUCCUCCCCCCCUGCUUCGUCAGCCAGGACAUCCAGCUGCUGCGAGUCCUCAAGAACUACGACAUGAAGAGAGACGACCUGGACAGAUACAUUUUCCUGAUGGGACUCCAGGAUCGCAGUGAGAAGCUCUUCUAUCGGGUCCUCAUGUCGGACAUCGAGCGCUUCAUGCCCAUCAUAUACACUCCCACCGUCGGCCUGGCCUGCCAACAGUACAGCCUGAUAUUCAGAAGACCCAGGGGACUCUUCAUCACCAUUCAUGAUCGUGGCCACAUUUCUACCAUUCUGCAGAACUGGCCAGAAAAGGACGUCAAGGCCGUGUGUGUGACGGACGGUGAGAGGAUCCUGGGCCUCGGAGACCUGGGUUGCAACGGUAUGGGCAUCCCGGUGGGAAAGCUGGCGCUCUACACCGCCUGCGGAGGAAUGCCGCCACAGCAGUGCCUGCCGGUCAUGCUGGACGUGGGAACGGACAAUGAGACUCUGCUGAAGGACCCUCUCUACAUCGGACUGAGGCACAAGCGAGUGCGCGGCCAGGCCUACGACGACCUGCUGGACGAAUUCAUGAAGGCCGUGUCGGACAGAUAUGGAAUGGACUGUCUGAUCCAGUUUGAGGACUUCGCAAACGUUAACGCUUUCCGCCUGUUGAGCAAAUAUCGAAACAAGUACUGCACAUUCAACGAUGACAUCCAAGGUACUGCUUCGGUGGCGGUCGCUGGACUCCUGGCCGCCCUUCGCAUCACCAGGAACAAAAUGAGCGACCACACUGUUGUUUUCCAAGGCGCAGGAGAGGCGGCCAUGGGCAUCGCUGAACUCAUCACCAUGGCCAUGGAGAAGGAAGGACUCCCCAGAGAACAGUGUGUGAGGAAGAUCUGGAUGGUGGAUUCCAAGGGUCUCAUCGUCAAGGGUCGAGACCACCUGACUCAUGAGAAGGAGAGGUUUGCCCACGAGCAUCCGCACAUGAAGAACCUGGACGACGUCAUUCGCCAACUGAAACCCACAGCGAUCAUCGGUGUGGCGGCUGUCGCUGGAGCCUUUUCCGAGCAGAUCAUCAGAGAUAUGGCCUCUUUCAAUGAACGUCCGAUCAUAUUCGCCCUCAGUAACCCCACAAGCAAAGCUGAAUGCACGGCCGAGCAGUGUUACACAUUCACAGAGGGCCGGGGCAUCUUUGCCAGUGGGAGUCCAUUUGACUCCGUCACAUUGCCCAGUGGGAUGACGUUCUACCCCGGUCAAGGAAAUAAUGCCUACAUCUUCCCCGGUGUCGGCCUGGCCGUCACAGCCGGUGCCAUCCGGUGCAUCACCGAGGAGAUCUUCCUCGUAGCGGCAGAGGCUCUCGCUCACCUGGUGACAGAAGACGACCUGGCGGAGGGAAGGUUGUAUCCUCCUCUGAGCUCCAUCAGAGACGUUUCCAUCAAACUGGCAGCAAAGAUUCUGGAGUAUGCCUAUGAGAACAACAUGGCGACCCUUCGGCCGGAGCCAUCCGACAAAGAGGCGUACCUGCGCACGCUCACCUACAGCACCGACUACGAGGAGUUCGUGGCCGACUCGUACCGUUGGCCAGAGGACAGUAUGACUGUACAGUCAUGCAAACUCUAACGGCGUGGACGUAACCGCAGAAAAACAUGGCCUCGACGGGCAGAAGAGCGAUGGAAGUGCAAUGUCCUCACAAGACGGGAUGUAUGGUUUGAAGAAACUGUGGGAAUGUUCUUUUUGAAUAUAUUACUGUCAAAUUAACUGUGACGACACGUGUCUCAAAGCUUCAUACAUGAAUUUAUAAAAUGUACCUUUAUGGUUAUCACAUGACAUUUUACAAUAAUAUAUUCUGGAGGAAGUCCUUCACAGGUCGCAUUUAAUCGUACUGUAAUAGAGAGUUAUUUUAUGACUGUGUCAGCUAUAAUCCAAAAAAACUCACUGUCAAAUAAACAUGGUUUUAAAUAACA